GCACCUCUCCUGUGAAGACAGGUAACCAGUCUUCUUGAGAGCAUUAGAGGAGAAGAAGUGUGCACUCAGGAUGGCUGCUGAGUUGGAUUUCUCCCCACCUGAAAUACCUGAGCCCACAUUCAUGGAGAAUGUGCUACGCUACGGACUCUUCUUUGGAGCUAUUUUCCAGCUUAUCUGUGUGCUAGCCAUAAUCCUGCCAGUUUCAAAGUCCCAUAAGACAGACUCGGACAGUUUUGAGCCUAAGAACUCGGAAACAGUGAAGAAGCCAAAGGCAGCUGCUCCACAGAUAAGCAAGAAACCCAAGAAGGAAACCAAAAAGAAACGAUAAAGCCAUGACUGAUGAGCCUCAAAAGACAAAAUCAGCUAUAAUCAUGCUUCCUCAGCGAUGACAUCAAAGGCAACUAACUAUACUAAAUGGUUUUCUGGCAUUGCCAUGCUUUACCUUUCAGGGACAAGAGAGAAGGAACUUGUAAGAGUAGAAGGGGCAGGGUUCUCCCAUAGAUUUUGUACAGGCAAAGAGGAGUUCACAUAUCCAGGACUUCAUUUGACGUGAUUAAUGUGUCAGUCAUCAUUAAAGUGACUUCUGUAAUUUCUGAUGGGUAGAGAGGGCUGUUGUCCCAGGUCCUCCAUGCUGGCAAGGAUUUGUAGUAAAGUCCCUGUGGAAGGUGGAGCAUGGGUUUGCUACUUUGGAUACCAGUUUGUGUUGUAUUUUUUGAAGGCAGAGGGAUCAAAUGGAUCAAGGAUGCCACACUACACAGCUUUGUAUUCAUCUCUGUUGUCAUCUAGUCUGAAAUACAUAGCUGCAUUUUAUGGCUUAAUAACAAUGUCUUUGUCAUAUUCUUUAAUUCUUUAGGUAAUAACUCAUCAGAUUCCAGACUGCUGUAGAUGAAAGCUUUCAUUUCCCCAGCGUCACUACCUCUUUCUUAUUCCCCACCCAUGCAUUUUCCUUUCUAUUCCCACCCUUGAAAGAAGGUACAUUGCAGGGAAUUGAGGCUGUGGUGGGGACUGCAGUGACUGCAAGGGUAAGGGAACAAUUUGAUUCUGGAAGGUGCAGAACUUAAUGCCUGUGCUAAUGGGAUGUUCUUGGAAACUUGGGAAGACCAGGUACUGCGUGUUGGAGAAAAGCUGCUCUGAGGCAGGAGACUCAGAGUGCUGCGUUGGUCAUCUAUCAAACUGCACUGCCUAGCCAUACUGUUGACAAACCCCCUGUGAGCUAGCCAAGCCCUAACCGUGUGCUCCAUUUCAACGCAACUGUAGUUCGUUGCAUUUGCAAACUCCCUCCUAGCCUUACCUACUGUAGUCUGCUGUAUCUCUUCUUUGUCAAAUUCUUCCUGAAGUUAAAUAUGGUCUCAGCCUGAGGAGAUGCGGUAUCUUAAGAUCCAUGGGGUGGCAAGUUGGCAGUGUAGCAUGACUAUAUGGCAAGAGACAUAUUCACUUAUGUUCCUUCAGGCUCUGGCUCUCCAGGCCCAGGGACAAUCUAGUAUUAAUUUAAAUAUGGCUAGACAGGACUGGAAAGAGAUAGGUGGUGACAUAGCCACAGAGCCUCUGUAGGGCAACUCGAGCUUCCUGAUGCCAGCUCACAUCUUGGUUUGUUUGAUCACGAAUGAGUCAAUGGGAGGAGAACCUGCUAUUUUAGGCGCACCCAGGGUUCGGAGCAGCUUUGAAGGAAAGGAUUCUCUGGCAGGGCUGCAAGUCUGCGCUCCUUUUUGCAUACGUAGACUCCCGUCCUCAAUUCACAAAUGCUUUGUGAGCCCAGAUACGGUAGCAGUGUUGUGCUGAGUGUUCUCUAACAGGAAUUGAACAGCACGUUUACAGGAACCAUCAGUUUUGACAACAGCCGCGUUCCCUGCUUGCUCUUGCUUUUGGUGGGUGAUACAGAUGGAUCCCAGUACGGGUUUGAUUUAACCUCUCACUGCUUCCCUGCUCCAGGCUCCCUGCUUCUCUUAACCAGAAUGCUGACACCAAGUUGCCCUGCUUAAAAUCCAGCUUAGAGUUCUGCUUUAAAUUCAGUGUUUUCUUUUUCUUCUUUUUUUUUUGAGCUACAUAAAGGCAAUACUAGGAGGACAGAACAAAGCAUGGGAGAGUCAAGCACUCUAAAGUUGCUUUGAGUUCUGAGUACAAAGAAACAUUACAAAAAUUUCCCAUGCAAAUAACAAAGAACAAUAAUGUGCUAUGAGUUUCCACUAUGGACCUGUGUUCCUGUCUGUGAUCUGCAGGGGAAAGAAAAGCGUUGCCACUGCCCUGGAUAGGUACUGCAGAUCUUGCAUUUUAGUAAAUGAGGAUGGUGGUUGUUUUAUCUACCAACUCUGGCUUUCUGCAGGUUACCUAAAGGGGAGGGGGUUAAUGCUUUAACAGAAUUGCAACUAUGGAAAUAGUAGCAUACUCAUUACCCGAAAUAUAGAAGUGCUUCUACGGCUAAGAACCAGUUAGCAAGGAGCACUGUGUGGCUGUUACCUGAAAUAGGAGGCCACUACAUCAACAUCUACAUCUAGCUAUCUGCAGGCUGGCUUGCUUAUUCCUAAGUAGAAAUCAUGGAUAUUGGGGUUUGGUUUUGUUGGAGGGAAGAGGGAUUAAGAUAAAUUUCCCAGUCUGUUCCUAACAGCUUUAUACCUAUUUGAAUGCUCUUGUUAGCUGAACUUAUAGUGUGUUUGUAUUUUAGUUUCUCUUGAACUGUGUAAUAAAUACAAUCAGAAUCUCUUUGUUUAAAAAGAAA